UCUGUGUGGAACACACUAUAACUAGCAGUCAAUUGGAAAGGUUCAUUUCAUCCAUUACUACAUAUAUAAUUUAGCUUAAGCACUACUUAUCAUUAAAAUAUCAAUGAGGAUUGCUUCUGUUACAUUUGUUUCACUUCUGUUUCUCAUAGCAGCAACUACUUUUAGUUUUGUCCACAGCCAUGGAAGCUAUAAUGCUGCUGUUGGCUGCAAUCAAAUUGAGAGGGAAGCUCUUAUGAAGUUCAAGGAUGAACUUCAAGAUCCUUCAAAAAGGCUUGCAUCUUGGGGUGCUGAUGCAGAGUGCUGCACAUGGCAUGGAGUCAUUUGUGAUAAUUUCACUGGCCAUGUCACUGAACUCCAUCUUAAGAUUCUUUCUUCAGAAGAGUAUUAUUCGUCCUCUGAUGCCCUGGGUUACUAUUUCUAUGAAGAGUAUCUGGAGAGGUCAUCAUUUAGAGGUAAGGUUAGUCAAUCUCUGCUCAACUUGAAGCAUUUGAACUACCUUGAUCUAAGCAACAAUGAUUUUGGAGGAAUUCAGAUUCCCCCAUUCCUUGGCUCUAUGGAGAGUCUAAGACACCUUAACCUCUAUGGUGCAGGAUUUGGAGGAAGAAUUCCUCAUCAACUGGGAAAUCUCUCAAAUUUGCAAUAUCUCAAUCUAAAUGCGAAAUCUAUUUACACUUCAGCUGUUAUUUAUAUUGAAAGUUUACAGUGGCUUUCUAGUCUUAGAUCACUAGAAUUCCUUGACUUUAGCGGGGUGGACCUUAGUAAAGCAUUUAAUUGGUUAGAUGUGUUAAACACACUCCCUUCUCUUGGUGAAUUGCAUUUGUCAGGCAGUGAGCUUUAUCCGAUUCCUCUGCUUUCCAAUGUAAACUUUUCAUCCCUUCUCACUCUUAAUUUAUCAGCAAAUAAUUUUGUAGUUCCCAGUUGGAUUUUUCGCCUUACAACUCUGGCUACUCUUGAUCUUUCGUCCAAUAAUUUUGUUGGGUCAAUUCCUAUUCAUCUUCAGAACAUAACCACCCUGAGAGAACUUUACUUGUCUGACAGUGGUCUCAACUCUUCCAUAUUCAACUGCUUACAUGGUCUUGCCCAUCUUGAGCUUCUUCACCUUGCCUCCAACUAUAACUUGGAUGGUAAAAUUCCAAGUACUAUUGGAAAUUUGACUUCUCUCAGAAGCCUUGACUUGUCGUUUAACAGUCUUGAAGAAGGAAUUCCAAGUGCCAUUGGAAAUCUGACUUCCCUCAAAAGCCUUGACUUGUCACGUAACAGUCUUGAAGGAGAUAUUCCAAGUGCCAUUGGAAAUUUGGCGUCUCUUAGCAGCCUUGACUUGUCUCGUAACAGUCUUGAAGGAGGAAUUCCAACAUGGUUCAGAAAUCUUUGCAAUUUGAGGUCACUUGAACUGUCAAUCAACAAAUUGAGCCAGGAGAUAAAUGAGGUGUUUGAAAUUCUAUCCGGAUGUGUUUCUGACAUACUCGAGUCAUUAAUUUUGCCUUCCUCUCAACUGUCAGGUCAUUUAUCUGACCGUCUUGUGAAAUUUAAGAAUCUAGCUUACCUGGAUCUUAAUGACAAUCUGAUUUCUGGUCCAAUUCCAGAGAAUUUAGGAGAGCUGAAUUUCUUGAUAAGUCUAGACCUUGGGAAUAACAAACUAAAUGGGAGUCUGCCUAUAGAUUUUGGGAUGCUUUCAAAGUUAAACUAUGUAGAUAUUUCCAACAAUUCAUUGGAGGGUGAAAUCUCAGAAAUUCACUUUGCAAACCUCACAAAUUUGGCGACGUUUAAGGCAUCUAGUAACCAGCUACGUCUGAGAGUUAGUCCUGAUUGGUUUCCUGCAUUUCAACGUGUUUCUACCAUAUCUUUGAAAUGUUGGAAAGUUGGUCCUCAAUUCCCCACCUGGAUUCAUUCCCUAAAAUAUUUGGCGUAUCUUGACUUGUCUAAUUCAACCAUUUCAAGUACCCUUCCCACGUGGUUCCAUAAUUUUUCUUCCAGACUCUACCAGAUUAAUUUAUCUCAUAACCAAAUGCAUGGCACCAUUCCAUAUUUAUCCAUUGAUGAUUCUGAUUACUCAUUGAUUGACUUGAGUUCAAAUAAUUUUGGGGGUUCUAUGCCCUUUAUCUCUUCCAAUCCCUUCGGGCUAGAUCUUUCUAAUAAUUCAUUUUCUGGAUCAAUCUCUAGUUUUUUAUGCUACAAGCCGAGGACCAUAAACGUUCUUAACCUUGGAGAAAAUCUUUUUUCGGGAGAGAUACCAGAUUGUUGGAUGAAUUGGAAUUACACAAACGUCAUAAGAUUAAGCAACAAUUAUUUCAGCGGGAAUAUUCCAGAGUCCAUUGGAACUUUAAGUGAGCUUAGUGUAUUGAAUAUUCGCAACAACAAUCUUUCUGGUGAAAUGCCAAUUUCACUCAAACAUUGCACAUCACUACAAGUACUUGACUUGAGUGGAAAUGAACUAAGUGGAGAGAUUACAACUUGGAUGGGGCAACAUUUUCAAGGGACAUUGAUUCUCAAUCUUCGUGGCAAUAAGUUUCAUGGAUUCAUACCUGAGGAGCUCUGCGGCAUGACUGCUUUAGUAAUCUUGGAUUUUGCAAAUAACAAUCUCAAUGGUACUAUUCCAAGAUGUAUUAAUAAUUUCACAGCAUUGCUUAGCGGAACAAGUUAUCUGAAAGACGGGAAAGUUCUUGUCGACUAUGGUCCUACAUUGACUUAUUCUGAAAGUUCCUUGAUUGAGAGAAAUGGAAAGUUAGUUGAAUAUAGCACCACUCUCGGGUUCGUAAGGAGUCUCGACUUUUCAAAUAACAAAUUAUCUGGAGAGAUUCCUGAAGAAAUGACAAGUCUUAGAGGGUUGCUAUUUUUGAAUUUAGCACACAAUUCUUUAACUGGAAGAAUUCCUGAGAAUAUAGGUGCUAUGAAGGCACUACAAAUUCUUGAUUUCUCCCGCAAUCAAUUGUCUGGUGAAAUUCCGCAAAGCAUGUCAAGCUUGACAUUCCUGAAUAAUUUGAACUUGUCUAGUAACAAAUUAUCAGGAAUAAUUCCUUCAAGCACCCAAUUACAAAGUUUCGAUUCAUCUAGUUUCAGUGGCAACAACUUGUGUGGACCUCCACUCACUCAAAGCUGCAGCGGCGAUGGUGAAAAGCCUGACAUUGAGAAAAGAACAACAGAAGAUGGUGGAAAUGGAUCACCUGAAGCAAUAGAUUGGUUUUACUUUUAUGUGAGCAUUGCACCUGGAUUUGUAAUAGGUUUUUGGGUAGUAGUAGGUCCUCUAGCAUUUAACAAAAGAUGGAGACGUUUAUACUUCAACUUUCUGGAGGAUUUGUGGAACAAAAUUUGGGUCUGGUUUUAUGUACAUAUUGUGAACCGUCGUAGAUUCUAGAUUGUCUUUCAGAGGCAGAAUAGGGUUCAGAAUGUGUUUAUAUUUGAAUAAGUUUGUCACAGAGUUUAACUUCAGAAUUGUUGUGAGGGUGUCUGUAAUGUGUGGUCUUGAAGUAUAAGCAGUAAAAUAUGUUUGGAUAAGUUUAUAUGGCCUUGCAGUUUGUGGUUAUGGAAAAUCAUAUGUUUUGAAGCUGA